AUGCGGUCAUUUAUAAAAGGUCAUAUAAGAAGUGAAUCUUCUACUUCGGACUACUAUGACCAUGAUAUCGAAAACCCGCCGCGAAUAACUCAUGGUAAUAGUUCAACGCUUCUGUCACCUAGUUUUCAACAGAAGCCUCAGUUCACGUCUCCCCAAAAAUCCAUGAGUACGCCGAAAAAGCUAUUAACGCCUAUUAAAAACCUAUUCUCUUCGCCAAACCAUGCGAAACAUCCCAACAAUGUGUUACUGUCCGGAGAUCGGUUGAACAGUGCAUUAUCGGGCCCAAAUAAAGAGAAGACUCAGGCACCACGCAAACACGAACAAAAACCGGUAUCGACAUUACCACAGAAUGGGAAUAGCAAUAAUGCUGAUAACUUGAGGUCGCCUGGAGAGACCCAGCUGCACGCAUGGAGCAGCCAGUUAAAAUCGCACACCCUUCUGAAUGGCACACUAGCCCAAAUGCAUACUCCCAACAUGAAUUCGGGAGCCUCUUGGUCAUCACCUGCCCUUGCGCUGCCUAGAGAUAUUUAUCAUACGAACAACUACGAUAGCCACGAAGUAUUGAUGCCUCCAUCAUAUUCACCAUACUCACAAUCACCAUAUUCACAAUCUCCGUCAGAUCACGAUAAGGCUAACCAAAAUAUGUUGGCCCCCCCCUUGAAUUUACCAGAAGUACAUGAUAAAUUGGAGGGAACAAACCCAAAUCAAUCAAGCAUUUCAUUAGCAGAUAGCACGAAUUUUGAGACAAAGCUGGUAUCUUUUCAGCCCGAUUGUGAAAUUAAAGAUUCUGUACAAUAUGGCAUCUCACCGCACGAUCAUUCUUCAGGUACUGAAGAAGAUGCAACGCACGAUGACGACGAAUAUUCGGAUUCGGAUUCAUCUUCACAAUUCUCUUUUGUCAAGGAUAAUGCUGGCGGCCGAAAUACAUCGGUGAAAUACUACAAAACAAAUACAGGUCCACCAAAAAAUAAUAAUACAUUUCCCCAACUGAAUGAAUUUAAUGAAAAUGAUUUAGGAUAUGAAGUUGACGAGUUUUCUGAUUACGAUUUUGAAAAUAAUGGAAUGGAUGACGACGACUUCAAUUACGAUGAUGAAGACGAUGCUGACAGACAAUACGAUGACAUUUUUUGUGAUGAACAUAAACAUUAUACGGACCUCGAAAAUAAUAUAAGAGAGCUGAAUACUGAGAAAUCUUUAGAUUCUGUCAGUAACAAUUUUGAGGAAAGUUCUGCUUUCAGUUCGAAUCCUUUUGAUAAGACAGAAAUUGAAACUACAUCGACAGACCUUAAACUUCCUGAUGCACCACUCAAAAACUAUAGACUAUUUAAUCAUUCUUAUCAUUUAUCGAUUGAAGGAUUUGACGAUAAAUCCAAAUCACUGGAAUCGAUGUCUGAAGAUAAUAUUCAUAAUGAAGAUAUUCUUGAAAAUUACAUGGAUCUUAGAAGACUGUCGUCAAUUGAUGUUGCAAACUUGAAUAAUAGUAGAAAAACUCCUGACUUACAGUCGUCAGGUAACUUAGAGCUUUAUGAUCUUAAUUCACCUAUGAUUAACGGGUUAACAAUAGGUAAUAAUUUAAGACAUAGGCUACGAAAAGAUAAUGAUUUUAAGGAGGAGGAUCACGAUAGUAAUACAAACAAGCUAUUUAUUUUUAGGCAGACUUCAUUCGAAAGCGGAAUAGAUGACAUUACAAAUCACAUUCAAAAAGAUAAUUUACUAAAGGAUGACCGUGAGAUUUUUAAACAACGGGCUCUUAAAAGUUUCCACAGUUCUAUUAGUGACAACCUCGAUUCCAAAAUUUCAGAGAAGUUAAAUGAAAUAGAAUCUUUCAAUAAGAGGAGAAUGGCCGAUACAAAUGAAGCUAGUUCUUUGAAGUCAAUCAAAGAAAAUGAUGUUGGACUUGGUAUACUAUUUGAUCUGGGUGUGCCGAUGGAAAAUAAUGGAUCUCAACCAGCUGUCAACACAAUCGCUCCAGUGAAUGAAAUCAUGGGCAUUUUAGGAACAUUAGAAACUGGGAAUAGGUCAUUGGAUUAUGGAGCAGAACACAAGGUUAUACCAAGUGAACUACCAGAGGAUUUAGAUCAGUCGAUAACUUCACCUAAUCAAGGGAACAAGGAUUCUAGGCUGUCAAUCUUAGGGAUGAUGAAUGUAUUAGCUAACUUAGAAAAAACACAAGAGCCUAUCAAUCAGGAAGAUGACAGCGCAUUGGGACCCACGGAUUUAAAUCAUCCGAGAAGGACUUCCAUAAUUGACAUGAUGGACAAGCUAGCAACGAUUGAAUCUCAGAAGAAGGAAGAAAAUAAUGCGAAGAGGAAUUCAGUAACAAAUAUGAUGGCAACUUUGGCAGUACUUGAAAAUACCAACCAACAACACAGUCAAGAUAUUAGAAAUACUAAGAACACAAGUACUAAAGUCCCUGGCAGAAUAUCUAAGAAUCCUCUACAGAGGAUAGCGGCAGAUUCGUCAAAGGAAAGCAAGAGAUAUUCUUGGUAUGAUGACGACGAAAAGAUAGAUUUCAAAGCUGUAAAUUUGAGUAAUGUACAAUCUAAAUCUGAACCUGAACAUACUGUCUUGAAAAAAACAGAAACGCCCAUUGAACCAGAGAGGAUGGAUUUUGAGACCACAAUAUCAACCCUUGAUAAAGAUUUGAUUGAUGAAGCUAAUCAAUUGCCUGAAGAUUAUAAUUUUGAGGACUAUGAAUAUAAUAGAUUUCCAAACUCGCCUAUUAAUGAUGCAGUACUUUUUAGAUCUAACUCAUAUAAUAAAAAGCCCUCUAAAAGUGUUGCAGAUAAUAACCUCCUUUCCAAUAAAAUUGAGACAAUCAACAAAACAAUCACUUUCUACAGGAGCAAUAGUACAGGCCAGCAAUCUGAUUUUAACAUAUAUGGUGGCAUAAGUAGAGGUCCAUCUUCGAGGUCAGUGAAAUCUUUUACUUCAGUAGGUAGUGAUACUUUGAAUGAAGAAAGAAAUGAUGACCCAGAAAGAACCAAACUUACUGAAACACCUAAUGGGCCCUACACCUUUAGGUCUAAUUUUCCCCUAUAUUCAAAAAGUACUGAUUCCUAUAAUUUGGGAACUAUUUCUGAAGCUGAUAGUCCAUUAAUUUGA